AUUACGGGCACGGGGAUUCUCGUUCACUAAGCUAGAGUGGCGUGCCAGUGCCCGACCCGUAGUUACGUAGUUUACGUUAAUUUUGUGGCGUAGCAGAGGCCCAGGUGAAAGGAAGUGGUCCCACCGUGGACGAACAGCCACCAAAUCGGGACAGCAAGGGUGAAUGGCAGCGUAAAUUUCCAACGAAUGAUUUCAAGCCUUUCUAGUCAAGACCAUCAGUCGAAAAACAGAGAUCGGGGCUGGAGGAUCCAGUCACAGUUCCUGCCACUCCCCAUUUGUGCCGAGGUCUAUUCCAAUUUAAACGUGGGGGAGCAUCAGGAGUUGGUUAAGAGAUUUUUUAUCAUGAAGCCCAGAUUAAGUGUCUGCUUAUCCAGAAAGUCUCAAUUACUACCUUGAACUUCUGAAAGGAGGAGGAUAAUGAAAUGAGAUAAAGUGGACGACUGGAGGAGCCCAGCCCCCUUGCCUCCACCUCUUUGAAGCAUGGCAGGCUUACAGCUUGUCACCCCUGCUACAUCACCCAUGGGGCCUUUCUUUGGUCUGCCAUGGCAGCAGGAGGCUAUCCAUGAUAACAUCUAUACACCUAGGAAAUAUCAGGUAGAACUUCUUGAAGCAGCUCUUGAACAUAAUACUAUUGUCUGCUUGAAUACUGGCUCAGGGAAGACCUUUAUUGCAGUACUUCUAACAAAAGAGCUCUCCCACCAAAUCCGUGGAAAUUACCAAGGAAGUGCGAAGAGGACUGUUUUUCUGGUGAACACAGCUUCGUCUGUCGUUCAGCAAGCAGCUGCAGUCAGGACUCACUCUGACCUCCAGGUGGGAGAGUACACAGAUUUGGGGGAAACCUCAGCAUGGACUGACCAACAGUGGAGUCAAGAGAUAAUCGAGAAUCAGGUGCUGGUCAUGACUUGCCACAUAUUCCUGCAUGUUCUGAGGAAUAAAAUUUUACCGUUGUCUAAAAUCAACUUGGUGGUUUUUGAUGAUUGUCACCUGGCCAUCACAGACCACCCCUACUGUGAGAUAAUGAAGCUGUUUGAAGGCUGUUCCUGCAGUCCUCGUAUCCUGGGUCUCACAGCCUCCAUUCUGAAUGGAAAAUGUGACCCAUCAGAACUAGAGCAGAAGAUCCAGAAUCUGGAGAGAAUCCUGAAGAGCAAUGCUGAAACUGCCACCGACCUUGUCGUCCUAGACAGAUAUGCCUCUCAGCCAAGAGAAGUGGUGCUGGACUGCGGCCCCUACGUGGAUAAGAGUGGUCUCUCCUCUCGUCUGCAGGCGGAGCUGGACGAAGCUCUCCACUUCCUGAAUGACUGCAACAUAUCAGUUGCCAGAGAGGACCGUGAUCCCACAUUCAUCUCCAAACAGGUCCUGAGUGACUGCCAGGCUGUGCUGCAGGUGCUGGGGCCCUGGUGUGCAGACAAGGCGGCAGGCAUCAUGGUGCGGGAGCUCCAGAAGUACAUCAAACACGAGCAGGAAGAGCUCAACCGCAAGUUCCUGCUCUUCACCGACACCAUCCUGCGUAAAGUGCACGCCCUCUGCGAGGAGCACUUCUCCCCUGCCUCACUGGACCUCAAGUUUGUCACCCCCAAGGUCCUCAGGCUGCUUGAGAUCCUGCACGAAUACAAGCCCUUCGAGCGGCAGCAGUUUGAGAGCGUGGAGUGGUACAACAACCGUAACCAGGACAACUAUGUAUCCUGGAGCGACUCAGAGGACGAAGAUGAGGAUGAGGAAGUGGAGGCCAAAGAGAGGCCUGAAGCCAACUUUCCCUCACCGUUCACCAACAUCCUGUGUGGGAUCAUCUUUGUGGAGAGACGUUACACAGCUGUUGUCCUCAAUCGUCUUAUCAAAGAAGCGGGGAAACAGGACCCAGAGCUGGCUUACAUCAGCAGCAACUUCAUUACCGGCCACAGCAUUGGCAAAAACCAGCCACGGAACAAACAGAUGGAAGUGGAGUUCAGGAAACAAGAGGAGGUUCUCCGCAAAUUCCGGGCUCAUGAAACCAACCUGCUUAUCGCCACCAGCAUUGUGGAGGAGGGCGUGGAUAUUCCAAAGUGUAACCUGGUGGUGCGGUUUGACCUGCCCACAGAGUACAGGUCCUAUGUACAGUCCAAAGGCAGAGCUCGGGCACCUGUCUCCAACUACAUCAUGUUAGCUGACAGUGAGAGGACCAAAGCCUUCGAGGAAGACCUCACUACCUAUAAGGCCAUAGAGAAGAUCUUGAGGAACAAGUGUUCCAAAUCAGUGGAAGUGAGUGAGUUUGAGGUGGAGCAGGUACUGGAUGAUGACAACAUCCUCCCGCCCUACGUGCUUCGAUCUGAGGAUGGAGGUCCCCGGGUCACCAUUAACACAGCCAUUGGACACAUUAACAGGUAUUGUGCUCGGUUGCCCAGUGACCCAUUCACCCACUUAGCACCCAAAUGUAAAACUUUGGAAACACAGGAUGGACGCUUCCAGUCCACACUCUACUUACCCAUCAACUCCCCUCUGCGAGUUCCUGUUAAGGGUCCUGCAAUGAACUGUGCCAGACUGGCAGAGAAAGCUGUUGCACUAGUAUGCUGUGAGAAACUCCAUAAAAUAGGUGAGCUGGAUGAUCACCUGAUGCCAGUGGGGAAGGAGACGGUUAAGUAUGAGGAGGAGCUGGACCUUCAUGAUGAGGAGGAGACCAGCGUCCCGGGCCGGCCUGGCUCUACCAAGAGGAGACAGUGCUACCCUAAAGCCAUACCAGAGUGUCUGCGGGACAGUUAUGCUGUACCGGAGCAGACUUACUAUCUAUAUGUGAUUGGGAUGGUCCUCACCACCCCUCUCCCUGAUGAACUCAACUUCCGCAGAAGGAAGCUCUACCCACCGGAGGACACCACCAGGUGCUUCGGCAUCUUGACUGCCAAACCCAUACCUCGAAUCCCCCAUUUCCCAGUGUACACCCGCUCGGGUGAGGUGACCAUCUCCAUCGAGCUACAGAAGUCUGGCUUCACUCUCACCGCCGCCCAGCUCGACCUCAUCACCCGCCUGCACCAGUACAUCUUUUCCCACAUCCUCCGCCUGGAGAAACCUGCACUGGAGUUCAAGCCCAUGUUGGCUGACUCAGCAUACUGCGUUCUACCUCUGAAUGUUGUUGGGGACUCCAACACACUCGAUAUGGACUUUAAGUUUAUGGAGGACAUAGAGAAGUCUGAGGCCCGCACUGGCAUUCCUACCACUCAGUACACCAAGCAGAACCCCUUCACCUUUAAGCUGGAGGACUACCAGGAUGCCGUCAUCAUUCCAAGGUAUCGUAACUUUGACCAGCCUCAUCGUUUCUACGUCGCUGAUGUAUACACAGACCUGACGCCACUCAGCAAGUUUCCUUCACCUGAAUAUGAGACGUUUGCUGAGUACUACAAAACCAAGUACAACCUGGACCUGUCCAACCUGAACCAGCCGCUCCUGGAUGUAGACCACACCUCAUCCAGACUGAACUUGUUGACUCCUCGGCACCUGAACCAAAAGGGCAAAGCCCUGCCACUCAGCAGUGCAGAGAAGAGGAAGGCCAAGUGGGAGAGUCUGCAGAACAAACAGAUCCUGGUUCCAGAGCUGUGUGCCAUCCACCCCAUCCCUGCCUCCCUGUGGAGGAAAGCAGUGUGUCUGCCCAGCAUCCUCUACCGCCUCCACUGCCUCCUGACUGCUGAGGAGCUCAGAUCCCAGACGGCCAUUGAAGCUGGAGUGGGAGCCCAGACCCUCCCCCCUGACUUCAGGUAUCCAAACCUGGACUUUGGCUGGAAGAGAUCUAUUGACAGUAAAACAUUCAUCUCCUGUCCUGAGUCCUGCAGUGAGGAUGGUGAGGGUCACUGUAAGCACCAACAGACUGUAACUCCUGACCCCAGCUCCCUAACACAACCCAGUAGUCACCACUCUUCCUUGCCUGAGUCUGGAGACGCCACCUGCACCAGGAACCUAACUAAUGGCACUGCCCUUGUCGCCGACUAUGACGACAGCAGUCACCAAGACGAGCACCUUCACCAACAUGACAAUUGCCAAUGCUCCCAGCCCAGCUCGUCUGGGCUGCAGAGCUCUGAAUCAAUACAAACCACUACCUCAGUUCCUGUGCAGCCCUCUCACAGCUUGAAUAAUCCCAGCUCCAGUCCUCCACAGCCUAGUGACGAAUGUACACCUGGGAGGACCUCAGACCACACAAAUAAAGCUACCUCAGUCUGCAGCCGGGCAGCCACGGGGCCCAACGCUCCCACAGCACGUUCUCCUGAUCUCGCUGCUGGCCCCCAGCACAGAGCCCAGGCAGGAGACUCCCCCAAAAGCCUGGGGCCCAACCCAGGCCUCAUCCUGCAGGCCUUGACCCUAUCAAACGCAAGUGAUGGCUUCAACCUGGAGCGGCUGGAGAUGCUCGGUGACUCUUUCCUUAAGCAUGCCAUCACCACAUACCUGUUCUGUACCUACCCUGACGCUCACGAGGGACGACUCAGUUAUAUGCGCAGCAAGAAGGUGAGCAACUGUAACCUGUACCGUCUGGGGAAGAAGAAGGGACUCCCCAGCAGGAUGGUGGUGUCUAUCUUCGACCCCCCUGUGAACUGGCUGCCUCCUGGCUAUGUGGUCAACCAGGACAAAAGCAGCACUGACAAACUGGAUUCAGGGGAGGCCAAAGAGGAGCUUCUGGCCAAUGGGCGAUCUGUGAACGAUUAUGAUGAGGAGGAUGAGGAGGGUGAGGAGGUGGAUGAGGACGGUGAGGUGAUGUUGAAGGACGAGCCAAAGGACGAGGUCAACAUGGAGGACGAUCUGGAGUACUACAAGGAGCACAUUAAGUUCAUUGAUAACAUGUUGUUGGGAUCUGGUGCAUUUGCAAAGAAGAUUUCUCUGAGUGUUUUCCCUCCCUCUCCUACCCCGGCCUCGGGUUCCUCCCCCGCCAUGGAGUCUCCAUACGAAUGGAAGGCACCUAAGAAGCCCCUCAUCCCACCACAGGCCCACUUUCCCUCAGAGCCAGCACCCAGCGGGCCCUCGGCUGAGGAGUUUGACUACAGCUCAUGGGAUGCCAUGUGUUACCUGGACCCCAGCAAGGCUGGAGAGGAGGACGACUUUGUGGUGGGUUUUUGGAAUCCGUCGGAGGAGAACUGUGGAGUUGAGCUGGGAAAGCAGUCGAUCUCCUAUGACCUGCACACAGAACAGUGCAUCGCAGACAAGAGCAUCGCUGACUGUGUGGAGGCUCUGCUGGGCUGCUACCUGACCAGCUGUGGGGAAAGAGCUGCCCAGAUGUUCCUCUGCUCAUUGGGCCUGAAGGUGUUACCAUUAGAGAGAGGGACCCUAACAGGAGCAGUGGUGCAGAGCCGUCAGACCACAGCCAUCGACCUGUGCUAUGGCUGGCUAAAGAUCCCGCCCCGCUGCAUGCUGGACCAUCCAGACGCAGAGCGAACUCUCAACCACCUCAUUUCUGGCUUCGAGAACUUUGAAAGAAAGAUCAACUACACCUUUCAGAACAAGGCUUACCUCCUGCAAGCCUUCACCCAUGCUUCCUACCAUUACAACACCAUUACAGAUUGUUACCAGCGGCUGGAGUUCCUUGGUGAUGCAAUUCUAGACUACCUCAUAACAAAGCACCUUUAUGAAGACCCGCGGCAGCACUCUCCUGGUGUGCUGACCGACCUGCGCUCAGCACUCGUCAACAACACCAUCUUUGCCUCUCUGGCCGUCAAGUACGACUACCACAAAUACUUCAAGGCCAUCUCACCCGAGCUUUUCCACGUCAUUGACGACUUUGUGCAGUUUCAGCUGGAGAAGAACGAAAUGCAAGGCAUGGACUCUGAGCUGCGACGCUCUGAAGAAGACGAAGAGAAGGAGGAGGACAUCGAGGUCCCUAAGGCCAUGGGGGAUAUCUUUGAGUCGCUAGCCGGAGCAAUUUACAUGGACAGCAGGAUGUCAUUGGAGACAGUGUGGCAAGUGUAUUAUCCCAUGAUGAGGCCACUUAUAGAGAAAUUCUCUGCCAAUGUGCCACGCUCUCCUGUGAGGGAGCUGCUCGAGAUGGAACCAGAAACUGCCAAGUUCAGUCCUGCAGAGAGAACAUAUGAUGGGAAGGUCCGGGUGACGGUGGAGGUCGUUGGUAAGGGCAAGUUUAAAGGAGUUGGCCGCAGCUACCGGAUCGCCAAGUCAGCAGCAGCACGACGAGCUCUGCGCAGCCUCAAAGCCAAUCAACCUCAGGUCCAAAACAACUGAGCUCCUCCUCCGAGCUCUCAGCAUUAGCACCUAAGCUAUUGACGCUAAUGGAGAAAAAGCAACGUCGGCUUCCCAACACAGCGCGAUGCUAGUCCCGUAUCUUCAGCCUGCAAUGGUACAACCAAGGCAGCCAGGAACACUGUGUGGAGAUGCAACAAAAGAAACAGACUGAUCUCACAACGGAUUUCACAUUGGAUCUUUUACCUUUUUUUUUUCUUUUUUUUUUUCUUUUGCGCAAACACAAUCUUUACUUUCCCUCUCUGCUUUGUGUAAUCACAUGAGUGCUUUAUUAACGUUUAGUUAAUUGUUAAAAAAAAAAAAAGGUCAGGUCGCAGUGUCUAUUUCUCAGUUUAUUUAGUGGGUUUUUUUUUUUUGUUAACCUCUAUGUCAUUGAGAUGAGGCUUAUGCUUAUUGUGUAGUGUUAGAUUGUACAUAGUUCAGUCAAAGGUGUAAAUCAAAGUAUGUAGGAAGAAAAAAAUAAAAACAAAAAACGCUAAACUCCUCAGCCUGUGCACUAGUGCCAGUCAGUUUUAAAGCGGUUUUUAAAACGCUAACGGCAGACAUGGCUAACAGAUACCACUGGAACAAAAACCUGGUGGCACUUCUGUCUGAAAUCUGUCUUGAAAUGGUAUUCUUAAUAAUUUUUGCACUUAUUCCAUUAGGGUCUGUUAUUUUGAGAAUUGUGUGGUCACAUUGACACCAAAAUCAUAUUUGUAGCAAAGUAUAUAAAUAUAUAUAUAAAAACUAUAAAAUACAUGAAUGAUAUUCUUGGCCUUUGAUGCUAAGGCUCACCCUCAUAUCCUGCAAGACGGAUAGGAAUUUCAACAUUCCCAGUUACUGUAAUUUAAACUAGUUUUUAACCGCACUUGAGGUUGCAUGUUCUUGUAGCUUAUGUAUAAACCAUGACAACUGGAUGGCUUCUAUAAAUAUUCUAAGUCUAUGGAUAUAUCUAGAGUGUGUGAGAGCAAUUGGAUGUUUAUGGCAUUAUCUUGGUGAUUUGGUUUAAUAUGUUUUGAUACCAAGAAUGGAUGGAAUUGAAUUAGUCAUUCUUGCGCACUAAAUGUCUUUCCAUGGAAUGAAUCACCCAGUUUUGAUAUAAGAAGAGAAAGACAUAUCACACGUACAAUAUGCUGCAGACUUUUCUACAAAUUGGAUACUCGUGUAAGACACAUAGAAUCUUUUCAAAUACAGUCUUUGUGAAAAAGGCCAAUUCAUUUCAACACACUAGUGUUCCUCACAUCCCGUACCUACCAAAGCUAUAGCAGAUGUGACACUAUGAGGUUGAAGUCAAUUCCUAGGGAUAAGGAUACCAGCCUGUUUUCCUUUUCUUUUUUUUUUUCUUUUUCUUUUUUUUUUUUUUUUUUUGGUUUCUUUUUUGGGGGGUGGGGGGGGUGGAGUGUUUUCAAAUUUUGCUUCUUGCUAAAUGUCUUUUAUUUCUCAUCAAUAAGCCCUUUUUUCACUUGAAUACCUCAGUUAAUUGCAUGCAUUUCCUUGUCUUUAUUUUUUUCUUUUUGUUUGGUGCUAUGUUUUUGUAUUAAGCUUGAAUUUCUCAUCUUUUUGCACUGUAACUAUGAUACCUCUUUAUUUGACUUUUUUUUUUUUUUUUUGGAAAUCUGUUUGAUUUGGUUGUCUUGUUUGUCAGCCAUCUAGCUGUAGAGGAGAGCUGCGUUGUUGUCCCUACCCGUUCCCAUACUUGAGGUUGACACUUGAUGAUUUUUUGUGGCGGACAUAGGAAGUGUAUUCUCUGCACAGAGCCUAACUCUUUUUAUUCAUUAGCUAUUACUUGUUGAGACUCCGGAGGAUGCAUUGGUCAGAUGAGGAUCAGUGCUUGUAGAGGUAAUCAGAUUGCACUCUUUAACUUUAAAUAUAGUCCAAAACACUUAUUUCUGCAGAACUGUCUUCAUAGAUAAGGUUUGGAAAAGACUUACACUUGUUUGGCUCCUCAGUUGUGUCAGUAUAGGUAUCUGAAAUCAAAUUCACAGUUACAAAAUCCCACUGUAAUGUCUCUACCUCAAAGGACAGUGCACUCACUGUUCAUUUGUGGACAAGACUGCAGCUCAGUAACUGACAGUGACACAUACGUCUUUUUACUGUGACAACUGAACCAACUACAUCACACAUUAUACAGUAUACAACUCAUCAAAUAUCUCACUGAGUCGACAUUCGCAGUAAUCUCAGUGCCUUCUCUGUGGGAGAUUAGUGUCAGCAUAGCCUGAACUGGAAUCAUUCUGAACAUCGUUUACACAGGGAGCAGUUGAUUGAAUUGAUGAUAAUUUGAAGUUACAGUUGAAAAUAAACAUGACUGUACUAAAUAACAUAUUUAUAUACAACAAAAUAUUUCAACCAGAAUGGCCAGAGAAACCCAUCCAGUCCCAUCCAUCCGAGGCUGAGCUCUGAAAAUACAGUCCGAAACACUUCCCUGGGUUCUUAAUAUAUGUUUUAAAUGUCAUUUGGGGUGCUGCGCAGCAAGCUGUAAACAGAUCGCUGACAUAAUCACGUGAUAGAAGUCCAGUCUUGACUCUGCCUUUACCUCUGUUAGCAUGUUUGUUUACUGAAACAGCUGUUGCUGCUGCUGGAAACAAAGUUGAUGAGAGCAGACUUAGCAGGAAGUAAAACCAAAAGGAUGAAGUGAGAGAUGCUGAAAGGAUGUAUAGAGCUGAGGGGGACCUGCAGAGUUGGUCACCCUCUCAUAUUACACAUAUUCAUUUGAUCGGUUGUUUUGAAAACAAGUAUUUAUUUAUGCAGAUUUAAGGUAUUAUUACUCAGGGCUCUGUGUUGUGUUGAGUUAGAAUCCGUUUCAAAGCCUUUAUUAUUUCAUGUUUGAUCGUCCAUAUUCCUAAAGCAGCACUCAGAAAUUUGCUACAGUUAAAUUGACUAAAGGUUCAACAGAUGUUGCUCCUGUUUACAGACUCUUUGGCUGUGUUAAAUAUUUAUUAGAACAAACAGAAAUUUGUGACUAGUAGCAACUCAGGCUGGACCUUCAGAAACCAAGUGGUAACCCGAGUCCCAGGAUUUGAGGCACAGAGGUAAAAUAAGAGAACGUCAGAUAACUGGAGGAAAAUACUCGUACGUAAACCACAAACAAAUGUCUUUGACAUGACAACUGUAUUUGAAAUGAUAGCUCCUGCAUUCAUAUUGUAGGUAUUAAAUUUGUUAUUUCAGUAGGUUCGUGUUUGAAAUUCAGCUGGAAAAAAGAACUCGAUAGUUCUGUCCUAAUCUUUGUUGCCUGCCAACGACUGAAUUACUCUUAGGUACCUCUCUGGGUGCCAUACAUUUCAUAUGUUGGGUCUUGCAGAGAGAAUUGAAAAAUCAAUGCAAACUCAGUUGCACCAUAAAACUUGUAAAAGUAUAUCAUUCUGCAGCCUGUCCCUGUCAAACAGAGUGCAAUCUGUCAUUACUUCUCAAGCAGGUGUCUGACCCUCUGUAGUCGACCCAUAUAAACCCUGAAAUCUUGGCUGUGCUUUUUGAUUUCCUUAUUAGAGAGAGAGAGAGAUUAUAUUAUCAGACUUUAGAUUUGGAGUGUAUCUGGCUCUCCAGACUCAUACCCUCCCUCAUCUCAGUCUGUAGCGCGCACACACACACACACGCACACACACACACACACAGCCCUUUAUACUUUUUCUCUGGCUCGACACACUAAUUAUUUGUGAGAUGCCAGGAGGGACAGGGGGAGGGAUUACUUAACAACAACAAAAAAACAAAAACAAACAAACAAACAAAAAAGAAUGUGAAAUCACUCAUGGUGCCACACCCACCCACAUUUUUGUUUGUGACUGAUGACAAUAAGGAUCACAAUUAAUCUAGUCAGCCACAAGUGGCAUCAGUAUCCAUCAACCUCGUAUGUUUUUCUUUCUCUCUUUUUUUUCUUUUAAUUGAGGAGGAAGGUGUGUGUGGCUGAAGUUGAGGUGGUCCUGCAUUAUUCAGAGCAGACUACGUUUUCUUGUACUGGCAGGUUUUUUUUUCUUUCCUUUUUUUUUUUUUUUUCUUGUUUUGUACAUGUAGCACAAUUGAGCAUUGCACUUGGGCGCCAUACUUUACCUCAUGUCAGAGUGUGAAAGGGAGUGAAAGAUGGAGGAAAAAAGAAGUGUAUAUAUGAUGCCGUAAUGUUAAGAGGACUAAUGCGGUUCAGUCUUUGCUGCUGUUUCAAUUGCUGGUAUGACACAAACCUAUUUAAACAGAGAAUAAGGGGCUUUGGGAGGGGACACAAAAUGUGCCUGCAAAUUAUCAUCUGAUGAAUACACUGUAAAAACAAUCUUUGUAAUUUGGGGCUAAAAUGUCUGGACUGAUGUCCUGCCUUAAACAGCUGUUUGGAAAUGAAUUGUUAGUCAAACUCUGCGUCCAAUCAUGACUUGAAUGAUGAAAUGACUCUUGAUUUAAUUCUCUUCUGACUACUUUGAAAUGGAUGUCAGUCAAGUGAUGAUCCCAGCCUCUUUUGUACUCCUGUUGUUUGUUACUUAUAAGACAAACCUCCCCUAGCCCUUUAUUGGGAACUUAAAGGAAAAAUCCACUCAAACGUGCUCCUGUACUUUUGGAUAAAUCAUAGCCCAUAAUGAAGUGUUGUUACUUGUAGCAGUGUUCACACUUGUCUUUAACAUGCCUAGUUUACGUCUCCGCAGGCUGGUGAAUUCCUGUGAACUGGGGCUGUCACCUUUCUUUUUUUUUUUAUUUAAAUGAUUGUUUGUAUGUUUAAGAAAUCAAAUAUUUGAUCUGUUAUAAUUCAAAAUUCUUAGUGAACAAGGGGGCUUUCAUAAAAUGUAGUCUUUCCUACCCAAUUGUUCUUUCACAAAUGAGACUAUUGUUCUUUUCAUUAAUGCAAAGCAGAGCAUAUUAAACAGAUAAUCAUGAUGCAUUAUAAGUAAUCUAAAAAGUAAUGCGUGGAAGCAUUUUGGGUUUGACACAGUUACAAUAAAGGACUGUUUGAUGCCUUUUGCAAAUAUGACUGCCUUACAGUAACACUUGCCACCCUGGUGAAUGUAGUUUAGGAUUAUGCUGUGUGGGUUGCAUUUGAAUACGGUCAUUUCCACCCCACCACAUCUUUUAUUUUUUUGUGACAGCCCUUAUUAUGUGUUUGUUUUGACCAGAUCUGGAUAUCUAUGAAAAAGAAUACAAAGCAGGUAAUCAAGGCUGUGAAAAGGGCUUCCAACUGUGGCUGAGAUUUUCACUUCAACACCCAAGUAUCCUUUGUCCUAAGUAUUCCAAAAUCUAUUGUGCGCUAAGUGAACAAAAACUUAAAAGUUCAGCUUACAAUCCUUCAGUCCUUUGAAGGCCACAACUUUGGUGGGUACAUCCUUUAAUAUGGGAGGCUUAUGAAAUGGGACAAAGCUAUCUUUGACAAGAUUUUUUAUUUAAUAUUUGUGGAGACAAGAUGGCAGCCCCAGAAGGAAGCCUUUUUGCCCUUUGAUUUUGGGAGACGGAUACUAAAAUCUGAUGUUUGCUUUCGUUAUUUGAGAUUGUUUAACUUUGCCAUCACACCAUUGUAGUUACAUUUAAAAUCCACUGCCUCUAAAAAGUGAGUUUCAAAUGUAUCCAUGUACAAUCUUGAAUCAUCGUGGAUGUAUUUAGGACUUUUUCACAGUAAUCAGCAGAAAAAAAAUAGUCAAACAUACACACCUCCCUCAAGUUAGUAUUUGGCUUCAGUUACAGUUUUGAGUCUUAAUAUGGAUCAGUCUGUGUCAGUUUUGAUUAUGUAGAUACUGCAGUUUAUCUUGAUUUUCUUACAAAAACGCUCUAGUUACAACUCUAGCUAUUAAAGGUUAUCAUUUUGACAGCCUACUUGAUAGAGAUUUAAAACUGUCAUAUUUUUUUCCUCUUUUUUUCCAAGUGAACUCUGAGGCCUCAGGAGUUUUCUUGUAUCUCUCCAGAGAUUGAAAGUUCUUAAUAACCUUGUCACAUUUCCACACAUCUCCAUAGGACUGAUCCAGGACUGUUACAAUCUGUAUCACAGUCCUGUAUCACAACCUCCUGUAACUCUGUCAACAAGUAAACUCAGUGGUGCAAGAAGUAAUAUGGCAUUAUUAGAUACUAAUACAUUAGGGCAGUUAGGGUUGUUUAGUCCAGUGGUUCCCAACCAAGGGAUUGGGCCCUUAAAAGGGUCUCAAGAGAAAUCUGUGGGGUUGUAAGCGGAUUAAUGGACAGAAGAAUGGAGACAAACUAAGUUCUGAUACAUUUUUUUUUUCUCUUUGGUAGAACUAUUGAUGCACACAUCUGAAAUGUGGCAAAUGGUCCCAAAUUCACACUGCAUUUCUGUAAGGGGAUACAGACCAAAAAGGUUGGGAACCACUGGUUUAAUCUUUAAGUUAGUUAAUCGUAUGUUUAUUUAUUUCAGUCCUUUUAAUCUGAAAAAUUACUAUUUCCCUCUGAAGUGUAGUGGCAGAGAAGUAUAAAGUAUCUAAAUCCUAGGCGACGGUGAUGCAGGAUUAGUGUGAUGGUCCUGGAUCGGGGCUUGCAACAGGAAUGGUUUAGCUUUAGAUGCAGUCAGUUACUGUUGGAUUUAGCUUUGUUCUUAAUUUAUUAUAUAUAUUAUUAUGUGAGUAAUUGAUGUUCAAUGUUUUCUGUUACCCACUGUCAACAAAUCCUGUUUAUAUCCACUUUGAUUCUGAAGUCCUUGGAAAGCUUUUACUUUUAUUAGAACUAUAUCUGUAUGUGAUGUCAGUCAUUUGGCCAGAGACUCAGAAGAAUGGAACAGAAAUGCUCCACCAAACAAGAAAAUCUGAACCAUGAUAGUUGGUAUGUUUUCCAACAGUACUAGUGUUUUAGGGUGGAUUUUUCCUUUAAGGUGCAGUUGGAAAGUGAACAGUGUUAAAAGAGAACUGAAAUGCCUUUGAUAAACAGUGAAAGUGGGGUGGGAAGAGAACUCUUUUGGCAGCAGAUAUUGGUCUCAUGAAGCCAGCACGGAGCACCGACAGAGACUGUUCGCUGAGCAGCAGAACACCAGCAGAGCGGAACUAAAUGGAACGAAAGAUGAACUGUCAUCAGUAUGGGGAAUUAUGGGCCAUUACAACCUGCAGCAAAUGUUUAAGGGACAUAGUAUAUGGAAUAGAAAUUGAACUCCUCACUCAUACUGUAAUACCGUGCUGCAGUGGUUUGCGGUCUGCACCUUAUGGAUCACAAAUACCUUUAAUUUUUUUUGUUUGAAUUUUAUUUUCUUUUUCUUUUUUUUUUUAUAAUUGUAGCCCAGUAUAUCUACAAUAAAAGUAAUGGUAUGGUCAUUCA